AUGCCUAUGCGACUCAAUAUUCCUUCGGCCACCCGUGCCGUCCUCAUCAGUCUGUUGACUCUGUCCCUCCUCUACAAUAUCGCCAGAUGGCGCCAACUCGACACGUCUGCCGGCAGCGUUCAAACCAGUCCCAUCGUUCCCUAUCUCACCUUGGUCCCCUCGCUAUUCUACCACUACCCUUGGACACUUCUCACAGCGACCUUUGUCGAGCAAAACAUCUUUACCGUCCUUCUCAAUGCGGCCACCAUCUUCUAUGGUGGUAAAUAUCUUGAGCGUGCAUGGGGCUCGCGCGAGUUCAGCAAAUUUAUUGUGGCAGUCGCUUUGAUUCCAAAUGUGGUGAUCGUCCCAUUCUAUCUGAUCUGGGCGGGCAUUACGGGCUCUUCGACUAGAGGUCUUACCCAAAUCUGCGGUGGUGUCUCCAUCCAGGGUUCCUUCCUCGUCGCCUUCAAGCAGCUCGUUCCGGAACAUACGGUCACUGUCUUCAAGGGCUUGAUCAAAAUGCGCGUCAAGCACUUCCCCGCCUUGUUUCUUCUCCUCAACACCCUCAGUGGAUUUGUAAUUGGCACCGACACUGCCGCCGUCUUGGCCUGGUUCGGCCUUCUCACCAGCUGGACUUAUUUGCGGUUUUAUAAGCGGCAACCUGAUCUCACCGGGACUGCCACCAACGGUCAGGGUAUCAAGGGCGACGCCAGUGAAACUUUUGCUUUUGCCUGUUUGUUUCCCGAUGUGAUGCAGCCACCGAUCGCAUUUGUGGCCGACCAGCUGUAUACUUUGCUCGUGAAGUUCAAGAUCCUGACUCCCUUCUCGGAGGCUGAGAUUGCCUCGGGUAACCAACAGGUACUCGCCCGUGGUGAAGCGGGUCUCCCCACGCUCCUGAGCAACCAGCGAGCAAUCGGGAGAGGUUCGGGCAAGCGGGAGGAGGCCGAAAGAAGGCGUGCGUUGGCAUUGAAGGCCUUGGACCAGCGACUUCAGGCAGCGGCUGGUGGUCGAGCUCAAGCUCAAGCGGGAUCUUCGUCGCAGGGUGAACAUGCUUCUCACCGGGCAAAUACGCCAACGCCGUCGGCGCCAAGUGGGCAGAAUGUGCUCGGAGGUACCAGCUAUAAUCCCGACCAUAUAUAA